CUUUGGAAAUACACUAUUUUAAAACACUUUCUAGAAGAACGGCUCACCGUUGGGCGACACUAAUGAAUGAUAUUAAGUUAUUCAUUCAACGCUUACAAACCGUGAGCUUCAAGAAACAGGUAGCAAUAGCAAAUAAAGACCGACGACGAUAACAACAGCUCGGUGGGUACAACUUGAUAAGAAUUCUGACAGUUUUUUAAAGUACCCACUCGCAUUGAUGCUCGAGCUCGAUGCGUAUGUAUAAUAAGCGUUGCCAGUAUUUUCAGGUUAAAUUACCUUUGGAUUGAAUAGAGCUGUGUGAUAUUUGUUUUGACUGGAAACAGAAUCAUAUUUGCGCUGUUCCUGAAUUCGUUGUUCUUGCUGAAAGGAUUGUAUAUUGUACAUAUUUAGUGUAUUGUUUUCAAUAAUCAUACCUAUUUCUAGUGGUGACCAAGCUGGUUCAAUUUCCUUGCUCUUUGAUUUAAAAUCUAAGCAUCUGAAGCUCGCUGAACGGCUUGAAUUGUAAUUUGUCUCGCGUGGCAGAUAUAUUUUCAAUGACAAUGAGCGUUGAACGUCGCUCUCAGGGGACAAUGCCGUUGGCGCCGAAGAUUUGGACACGUGAUGAAAUUUUUACGUUUUUAGACAUUUUUGAGUCCACAUUUCACGCUUCGGUAUCCGAUCCUUUCGAUUCCGAAUCGGACAUGUGGGAAUGCAUUUCAGAAAAACUACAGACUGCAGGCUGCAUCGUUUCGCCUCAACAUUGUCAGAGUAAGUGGAACCUUCUCUACAAAACAUUCACACAGGCUCCGAAUAGGCAGAGUGUAUUUUACCCAAAAAUCAAGCAGAUUGUUGAGUUUUCUCAGCAAAUAAGCGAAGAUCAAAGUGAAGAGUCGUCUCCUGCUGAGUGUAAAAAGAUUGAAGAGAUCGAUCAGUAUGAAAUAAUUACUUCUGACAUAAGGCCCGAAGAUUUCAAUUCAAUAGAAGGGAUGAGUGAAGACAACGACCAAUGCACUGAUAAAUCUAAAAAUUUGGAAGAGCGAUUAGAAACUGAAAAAAUAACGAAUACUAGCAGUAGCCACUUAGAAACAACAAGAGAAAAUUUGUUUCCAAUAGUAUCGUCUGAAACAAUCAAUAGCGAUAACGACAAUAGUAGGGUAGACGCAUUUGAAUGCAAAUGCUCUUCCAAACACUGCGUAAAUAAUCUAGGAAAAAUGUUGAAAGAUAUUUUCACCAAGUUAGAUGCUAUUCAUAACGAACAGAUUGGCUUGAAAAAUCGCUUGACGGCAGUAGAGAAAUUACAAUCUGAAAACAACAAAUUAUUGUUCGAAAUAAAAACUUCAAGUGAGUCCAAAAAAGCACAAUAGAAAAAGAAUGCGUCUUCGAUUGCAAAAAAAAAAAAUAAUUGUACAACAGGAAGGAUGUUUAUUCUAUAUUCCAAGAUGAGACUUUUUACUAUAGACAACUUCUAUCAUACUCAUUAUUCAUUUCGGUUGCGUUGAAAGAAUUUAUUAUAAGCUCGCGUAUUUCAUAUGUGUUCGUAACUAAAGUAAGUAGGUUUAGUCAACACUUGGAGUGAUUGGCAAAGAAAUGCAAUUUGCAGUACGAACUAGAGUAAUGACGACAUAAACUAAACUCUCUUCUCUUCGGUCUACAGAAAAAUUUCUUUAUCUAAAUUUUCCAUUUUUUUAUUGAUAUAAAAUCAUCUCUAAAAUUACAUUAGAAACUUGUUCUAGACUUCUUAUUGUAUUUAUAUUUUGAAUUAUUGUGAGCUGUUUCCAGCGUCUGUAAUAAAUCCAAUAUUCACUAAAGCUGAUAUUUCUGAGAGAGACCUUAAUCUUUGUAAAGCCACUUCCUUAUAAACAUAAUAUUGAAUAAAAUUAAUACCUUAAUUGUGAUUAAGUUUUGAAUCAUGUCUGACAGAACGAAUUCACGUAGUAAUUCACAACUUUUUCCGUAAGCUAUUCAUAUACCUGAGAGAGGGAAAGGAAAUUACGAAAAAAAAAACUCAGCUGCUUUAUGGUUGGCAAUAUACGGCUCAACUUGCGCAGCCUUUUGUGGGUUGUCGGUACUUUUUUCGCGAAUUGAUUAUGAUUCCGCACAUAGGUGGGCAAAGAGUGCGUAAAUUGGUGUGCAGUAUGGAGCAAGUUUGUACGAAGGGGCGGCCAAAUGAGGUAAACAGGGUGGUAGUGGAUUAUAAAAUUGAUUCACGCCCAACAGUAUAUAAAACUAAACAUAAACUCUCGCUGUCUGUAGCAUCCCGCCAAACGUAAUAGCAAAGCGGCACCUCUUUCGGUAAACGUGAUCAAGUACGGAAGAUUUUAAUCACCUUUUUACGGUUCUCAUGUUCGGAAAGGCCACGAUUUUUUCUGUAAGGGCUAAUUGUCGUUGAACUCUUUUCGCUUCAAAUCGUGACAAGAUGGAUUAUUACAGAGGUAUCAAAGUAUUUCGAAUAAAAGGUAUAAAAUAGGCCGUAUGAAUAAAAGAGUUCUCCCAUGAGAUUUGCACGGGAUGAGUAAAGCAAACGCUUUUAUUAAUAUGACCUAAUGUAUUCAUGAAGUUUUUUAGUCAGUGUCAUUUCGUAGCGACCGUAUCUCUGUAGUUAACCGAUAGACCACUUGAUCCCUUCAAGAUCAAGAUAAUAAUUGUUAGAUAUGAGAUUUUUCUCAGUGUAAAAACUACCGCGUACACAACGAGCAUCGUUGACCGGCAUU